AUGUUCAAGAAUGAACUCAAGGCCCUCGUUGCUGCCGGGGUGCAUCCUCACAUUGUUCGUUUACUAGAGAGCUUUGAGGGUGGUUCUCAAGAAGAUGUAAUGGUGCUCGAGUAUUGCAGUGGAGGAGAUAUCUACGAGUUGUAUGCCUCCAGCAAUGGGUGCUGCAUGCUGGAAGCAUUCGUGUCGCAGAUCAUGCGCCAAGUAGUGCUGGCUCUGCAGCAUUUGGUGGCGUGUGGCAUUGAGCACCGUGAUGUCAAACCCGAGAAUCUGCUGCUGUAUGGUGUUUCGGAUGCCACACAGAAUGAGCAGGUGCCAUUGAUCAAGCUCGCAGAUUUCGGUUGGGCAGCGAUUGUGGAGAAUGGUGGACCUCCACCCAGCAUUCCUCCGGAAGGUGUUGGAUCGCUUUGGUAUGCUCCACCGGAAUUGAAUCCGCCUGUGAGGGGAGCAGAGAUCGUCAUUGAUGAGCUCCAAGGUGGCAAAAGUGACAUGUGGAGUGUGGGAAUCAUCACCUACCUGUUGCUCACGGGUCACAGCCCUUUCCACUUGGCUUUGGGUGUCGCCGACACUUCCAAAAGGGAAGAGGAGGUGAUGCGGCUUGCUGCCCAUGGACAACUAAACAUGACAACGAAGGCUUGGAACACCGAGCUGUCCCAGUUUGCGAAAGACUUCAUUCUAGCCUUGAUCAAACCAGACCCUGCAAAGAGACUGGGUCCGUCUGAUGCCCUCCAGCACGCCUUCAUUGCUGCAAGUUCAGCGCAGUUCCCGGAGUGUGGCGGAUUCAGGUUUUGUUCACUUGGCAUUGAAGACCCACUCCUCAGGUGGAAUGCCUUAGACAGCUUUCAGCGGUUGUGUUGGCUUGCGAUUGCACGUGCAUUCACUGAACCUGAACUGGUGGAGUUGAGCUCAGUGAAGGACUUUGUCCGACAUGACGGAGGCACGUGCACCGGAUACGUUGAGAGGCUGGCCGCUCAAUUAGUCUGCGUGGCUUCAUCGUCAAUUGUCUUAACUUCGCAGGCGUCUUGGAGUGAUGUGCUCUAUUUGGCUUUCCUCUACUUGGAUGUGGACUGUGAUGGUUUUCUUGGUGCAGAUGACCUGAGCGUUCAUCUUCCAGGUGCCUAUAGGAUUCGAGAGAUCUCACAGGCAUGCAUCAGCAAAUGGAGGACACGACCCCAGGUACUAUCAAUGGGAGCAUCAAACUUUCUGACUUACACAGACUUUCGUCAAGCCGGAUCCUGA